CAUUCUAUAGUUUAGUGCCCGAGGAAUCGUUUCCGGGAGAAUUUCAAUAUGGCGGCGGCUGGAAGACUGUUACGAAAACUUUCUCCAGUGUCAAGAGUAACCCAUUGGCAAUCUCUUCUAUUCAAAACUGCCACUCCAGCGUGCCAAGUUCGGUUUGCUGGAACAGCAAGAUGGGAUCCUUUGAGAGACCCAGAAUGGAUAGAUAAACUUUCACAACCAGUCUUGUACCCAGACCCAGAGAUAUCCAAUUGGCACCCACCACAAUUGGAUGAAGAGGAUGUUGAUAUGUCAAUCUCAAAUUACACUUUAAACUUCGGACCUCAGCAUCCAGCAGCCCACGGUGUAUUACGACUCAUACUUACACUACAGAAUGAGACUGUCAUCAAGUCAGAUCCACACAUAGGAUUACUUCACAGAGCCACUGAGAAAUUAAUCGAGUACAAGACAUACACUCAGGCCCUGCCAUACUUUGAUAGAUUGGACUAUGUAUCCAUGAUGUGUAAUGAACAAGCAUAUUCUUUAGCUGUGGAAAAGUUACUCAACAUAGAUGUGCCAAUCAGAGCCAAGUAUAUUCGAACAAUGUUUGGGGAGAUUACACGUAUUCUGAAUCACCUGAUGUCAAUAGGAACACAUGCCCUAGACGUAGGAGCCAUGUCCCCAUUCUUCUGGCUGUUUGAGGAGAGAGAAAAGUUAAUGGAGUUUUAUGAGCGGGCAUCUGGAGCAAGAAUGCAUGCUGCUUAUGUAAGACCAGGAGGGGUGGCUCUUGAUAUACCACUAGGAUUGAUGGAUGACAUUUAUGACUUUCUUACGAAAUUUAACUUGCGUUUGGAAGAACUCGAAAAUGUGUUGACAGAAAACAGGAUCUGGAUAGAUCGAACAGUGGACAUUGGUGUGGUCACUGCUAAAGAUGCUCUGGCUUAUGGAUUCAGUGGAGUCAUGCUUCGGGGCUCAGGCAUUAUGUGGGAUCUCAGAAAGACCCAACCAUACGAUGCCUAUGACAGGAUGGAGUUUGAUGUGCCCAUUGGUGUACAUGGGGACUGUUACGAUAGAUAUUUGGUUAGGAUGGAGGAGAUGCGACAGAGUGCAAGAAUUGUUCACCAAUGUUUGAACGAAAUGCCGGAGGGAGAAGUCAGGACAGAUGAUAACAAAGUUGUUCCUCCAAAACGUGCAGAAAUGAAGGAAAGUAUGGAAGCUCUUAUCCACCACUUCAAGCUGUACACAGAGGGAUACAAUGUGCCGCCAGGAACAACAUAUACUGCUGUUGAGGCCCCCAAGGGUGAGUUUGGAGUAUACCUAGUGUCUGACGGAACCAACAAACCUUACAGAUGUAAAAUCAAGGCCCCUGGAUUUGCUCAUUUGGCUGCAUUGGACCACAUCGCUAAAAAUCACUUGAUUGCAGACGUGGUGGCUAUAAUUGGAACAUUGGACAUCGUGUUCGGAGAAGUGGACCGAUAGAGUGAUGACGUAACUCGUGUGUACACUGUUAAUUUAUUGAAUGACAAAACCUGACCCUCCGUCAUUCCAAACAUUGAAGAUUCUCCGUUCGAUAGGUUUAUCACUGACUCUUGUACAAAUAUGCUGUAUUGAUAAAAGCAAAGUAAACUUGUUAAUUUUUUUA